AUGGACUUCCUGAUACCAUUCUGUGCCUUGAUACUAUUUCAGAGCACCUUGCUUGCUGCCCAGUCUGUCCAAAAUCUCGGCGUCUCGUGUAUUGCCAGCUCUCAAAUCUGUGGUCCUCGAGGAGGUAUCGGAGAUGGAGACCAUCCUAUACUCGCUUCUCAAUCGUUUAUUACGGACGCUCUAAUCCCUACAGUCCCAAACACAACCCGUCAGUUGGCAAUUGGUCCCGCGCCCGUUCGACUGUCAGCAUCCCCGAGCAGCUCCUCAUCAUGCCCACCAAGACGGAGCAUCAUCAUUGACUCUGCCAACGGUGCGCAACAGGAGAUGGUGGGGUUUGGACACGCCUGGACCGACAGCGCCGUCAGUGUGUUUAGUACCUUGGAUAAUGCUACCCUCGCUCGUGUGCUGGAGGAUCUCUUUGGGCAGACUGGCAACAACAUGGGCUUUAUGCGGCAUACCAUCGGCUCAUCUGACCUGUCAGGCGAGCAAUAUACCUACGACGACAACGGCCCCAGCUUCAACGAAGGAGAACCUGAUCUUAAUUUGUCCAAUUUCAGUCUCGGCCCACACGGCAGGGGGCAGGCCGAAUUCAUAGCCCGAAUGGGCACAGUCAAGGGAGAUGUCUUCCUCUUCGGUUCGCCAUGGUCGUAUCCUGGGUGGACAAAAUACAACGAUCUGUUCAUUGCGCCAAAUCUCAACGUGGACGGCGGUGGAAGCUACAACAUCCUCAACAACAGCUUCAAUCCUGCAUACAUCCCACAAAUGGUGGGAUACUUUUCCAAGUACGUCGAUGCAUUUCGUGACAUGGGAGUUCAAGUCAACGGCAUUACGCCGAUGAACGAACCACUGAACUAUCAAGGCGGCUAUCCUUGCAUGUUUCUUGACCCAGUGGAUGCAGCAAGCUUGAUUGCCCAGGGCCUGGGUCAGGCAAUGCAUGACCGCGGUGUUAUAAUCAUGGCAUAUGACCACAAUACCGAUCAGCCCGUCUAUCCUGCUCGCGUCAUUCAAGGCACAGGCGGUGAGGGAUCUCUUACGGAUGCAGCAGCCUGGCAUUGCUACGCCGGUCCUGUUGCAAACUACAGCGUCAUGUCGGAUUUUCACUAUGCCUUCCCCAACACACUGCAAUUCAUGACCGAAUGCUCCAAUUACCUGCCGGAGAGUGGGAGCUGGAACUUCGAAGUGGCCUCGAAUUUCAUCCCGCCGGUAACGCACGGUGCUUCGGCGGCUGCAAUGUGGGUUAUGGCGACGGAUCAGGAAUAUGGACCUCAUGCACCAUAUGGCGGAUGUGCCGGAUGCCAGGGAAGCGUGAUUGUGAAUUCGUCCACGCAAUACACGCUCACCAAUGACUAUUACAUGGUAGGACAAUUUUCACGCUUCGUCCGUCGGGGCAGCGUGAACUAUCGGAUCCUGGGCGACGGAAACGAAGGCGACGCCAGACAAGACAACCAGUUCUACACCAUGGCAGUGCGUAAUCCGGACUCGAGCUGGGUUGUGAUCAUGAUGAACAAUAUCGGUAGUGACCAGGAUGUCGUGCUCGGGUUCAACAAUGGGGAGACCGACGUGUGGCAGGGGACAGUACCCAACGCGACGGUGGUGACAUGGCUGCUGCCACCCCAAGGGGUGGGACCUGCUGCUGCACCCUAUACCAAUGGGACGGCAUCUACAACUAGCGCUGGAAGCGGAGUGGCAGCCGUGUGUCCGACAGUGAGCACUUCGUCGACCUCCAGCUCGUCCAGCAGCAGCACGAGCACCCUCGAACUGGUACCAAACACGACACAUACGAUUGAUUCGCCUGCUCCCACCAGCAGCAACGGCACCAGCGGCAGCACCAAUGAUGAAUAA